AUGGAGCCCUCGCCCUUCCUCAUCCUCACCCCGCGGAACCUGAGCCGCUGCCCUUCGCUCCCGGCCCGGCUGCAGCGCGGCUCGAGGGCUCCCCUGGCGCAGGCGAUGCCCGGAGCAGCGCACCUGCAGGUCUUCCUCGGCGCGGGGCUGUGCCUCCUCUGCCUCGGCGUCCUCCUGGGCUGUGCCAUGUGCUGGUGGCACCGCCGGCGCCCGGGCCGCCCCCUGGGCCGGCACCGAGUGGAGCUGGGGGCGGCUCUGCCCGCGGCCACGGUGCCGGUGCCCAUCCAGCAGCAGGGCGAGGAGCUGGCGGGAGAGGCGCCGGGGGCCCGGGCGGGGGAGAUUUCCUCGGCACCGCCGGCACCCCGCGGGGGAUCGCCCCACGGCAGAGCGUCCCUGCCCACCCUCCCCUUCCUCCCGCAGCCGGCGGGGCUGUGGCAGCGCCGCUGCACCAUCGCCGGCACCGAACUGCCCUGCAACGAGCGGAGCCCGCUGGUCCCCGCCGCGGGCUCCCCGCCGCGCCCCGGGCAGCGGCCCCGGCUCCACUGCCACCUGCACUACUGCCUGCCCGAGGCCACCCUCACCGUCACCAUCCUCGGCGUGUCGCGCCUGCCCCAGGGCCACCAGGGCUCCCGCGUCAAGGUGUCCCUGCUGCCGCUGUCCCGCCGCGCGGCCGUGCGCCGCAGGAGCCUCCGCCCCGCCCGCCGGGAGCCGCGCCGGUGCCGGUUCGGCCCGUACGGCCCGGAGGAGCUGGGCAGCUGCACCCUGCGCUUCGCUGUCUACGCCAGGUCACGGAGCCUCCGGGAUUCCUUCGUGGGCGAGGUCCUGUUCCCCUGCGCCGAGGCCUCCUGGGACCCCCGCGCCCCCUCCAGCUACUGCUGGGAGCUGGCGAGCACCAAAACAAAGAUCAGCCAGCGGCGCGGUGGCCCUGGCCUGAGCUGCAGCGUGCUCUCGUCGCCCCCCAGGCCCCUGGGCCAGCUCCUGCUGCUGCUGCAGCACCAGGCCCCGGCCGGGCGCAUCAAGGUGCUGCUGCGCAAGGCAGAGGCCCUGGGCCGGCUCUCCCGCGUGCCGGGCACCCCAGGCCACUACGUCAUCGUCCACCUCCACCACGAGGGCCACAUCAUCGACACCAAGGAGACCAAGUCCGUCAGCGGCUACAACCCCGUGUGGAACGCGCCCUUCCUCUUCACCGUCCCCGCCGGGGACAUCCAGCAGCAGCGGCUGGCCUUGGAGUUCGUUGUCAUGCAGGCUCGGCUCCACGGCCGUGGCUCGGUGCUGGGCCGCGUCCAGGUGGGGCCAGGGGUGCCGCACUGGAGGGACAUGUGCAGCCGGGCACCGCUGGAGUCGGAGCGCUGGCACCGCAUCCAGCCCGCACCUUGAUCCUGGCGGGACUCACAGUGAGCCAAGGGGUCCCCGAGCUGGGCAGAGGGGAGGCGGCACCCACACACCACUGGGGGGGAAGUCCAGGUGCCAUCUCCAGGGCUGGAGAUCGCUGGAGGUUGGCACAAGCCCAUCCCGAAGGGCUCUGGAGGGGACUGAGCCCAUCCAAGGUGGCCCCAGCCUCGGGGGACAGGAGGAACUUUGUCUGCUCCAUCCACGGUCUGCACCCUGAAGCUGGGCUGUGGAGGAGCCGGCUGGGACCAGCACCCAGCUGGCACCCCUGUGGCCAC